AUGUACGAGCCUAAUCGAACGCCAGCACCAGCUACACCGAUUCUUGGAGAGACCUACGGACAUUCCAGUGAUCCAGAUUGGGAACGAAAACUCGCGUCGAAAAUAUACAACGCAGUACUGGAAGCUGUGGUCGCUAUCGCAGGCGUGUUUCUCUUGCUAGUUCAAACGGGACUGUCGCCUGUAGGUGACAAGAGGGCUCAAGGUAACUGGGUGGAGAUCGCAACUCAAGUCAUGAACGGAGUCUUCACGUGGAGAGCCAUAACAAACCACCCCUACUACAUCGUCCGUCUUGUCAUGGCAUCGCGCGUCUUGAAGGCAAGUGGACAACAGCGUGGCCAAAAGCUUGGACCGGGUAUUCGUGCUGCUCGCUACAUGUGCUCAAAAUUCCCUUGCGUAUUCGUUCAUCGAGGGACGAUCUUCGAUCACGACGUUGACUGCUUUGAAGCUCAACGUAGUGACACGAAGAACGCGAAAUCGCCAGUCGAAAGCGAAGAAAUCAGUCGUCUUGGGAACUUUAUGUUCCUCUGUGACGAAGUCAAGUACAUACGGACUUCGCUGAUCAUCUUGAACUUGGGCUGCCUAUUUCAGUACAUCAUGACGGCUUACAUGUGGAGCUACAAUGCACUGACACGUCCUGGAUUCGUGAUGCCGGUUCUCCUUCCACCAACUAUUCUGUGUAGUGUCAUUGGCCAACACCGCCUCAAGAAGCUCAAGAAAAGAGGCGAAGGCCGGCGAAUGAUUCUUGUGAAUGGUGCUCCAGUAUUUCGUGAACUCUCGAUCACGCGCAAGUCAGAAUCGUAG